AUGAGCAUCGGUGCUAGCAGUAGUUUAAUUGCCGAGACAACCCGUUCAUCUUCUUCAUCGGCUCGGACCAAAGGUUUGGUGAUUAUUGGAGCCUUUAUUCAUGCACUGGCAACAACCAACAACAACAACAACAACAACACAAAUGUGUGUUCCAAACACAACCUCAAGUACUGCCCGAAAGGAGCCAUUGUUGUUUCAAAGGACGGAACCAUUGAGAAGGUUUUUUCAACCUUUCAUUCUUCAUCAUCAACAUCUCAUCAUUCAAACCUUUCAUCCUCCAUUUCAUCAUCAACAUCAUCUCCAUCUCUCUCUUCUUUAUUAAUGCCCUAUGAACAUUAUGAACACAUCACUCUCAAGCCUUCUCAAUUCCUCAUUCCGGGUUUCAUUGAUACUCAUGCCCAUGCACCUCAGUACUUUAAUAACGGUCUCGGAUUGGAUAUGCCACUCCUGGAGUGGUUACAUACUUACACCUUUCCGGUAGAGUCUCGGUUUAGUGAUGUAGAAAUUGCACAACGAGUCUAUCGGUCUUGUGUGAAGCGAUCCUUGCAGAAUGGAACCACGACGAGUGUUUAUUUUGCAACCAUUCAUAAUGAUGCGAGUUUGAAAUUGGCUGAAAUUACGGAAGAAUUGGGACAACGAGCAUAUAUUGGGAAGGUGAAUAUGGAUCGAUUCGCACCAGACUAUUACUGUGAGGAAACAUCAAAGGGUAUCAGCGAUGCUCGAAAGUUUGUGGAAGACAUGCUUGCAAGAAAUUUUAAAUUAGCCAAACCAAUUCUUACUCCAAGGUUCGCAGUGUCAUGUUCAGAAGAAUUAAUGAAGGGUUUGGCUGAUAUUGCAGAAGAAUACGAUCUUCCAAUUCAAUCUCACAUUUCUGAAAACGUCAAUGAAGUGAAAUUGGUCAAGGAUUUGUUCAAAAAUCAAUCUAGUUAUGCUGGUGUUUACGAUGCAGUGAAACUUCUCAAUCGUAGAACUAUUUUAGCUCAUGGUGUUUAUUUAACAGAUGAAGAAAUCAAGUUAUUGAAAGAAAAGAAGGCAACUAUUGCACAUUGUCCUCUGAGUAAUUUUUCUCUGAAUAGUGGUGUGUUGAACGUAAGAAAAUUAUUGAAUAAUGGUGUGAAAGUUUCUCUGGGCACAGAUUACUCUGGUGGCUAUUCUGUUUCCAUGUUGAAUGCAAUUCGAAAUACCCUCAUUGCAAGUGCUGCUGUUACUACUGACCACCUACGCAAUGCUCAAGAACCUACAGAAGAUGACAAAUCUCUAAGUCUUGACGAAGCAUUUUACUUGGCAACCAUUGGAGGAGCAUGUGCACUUAACUUGGAAAACAAGGUGGGUAAUUUCGAAGAAGACAAACUAUUUGAUGCUCUUGUUGUGGAUGUUGACGUGGCCGAAUCCAUGGUGGAUACCUUUAGUGACAUUUAUCCAAAAAUUUUCCCAGCUGAAUCCUCUCUUGCUCACGACCCAGAAACUCUCACAGAAAAAAAGCUUAAGGAGAAUUUUGCUCGAUUCAUUUUCAAUGGGGACGACAGAAAUAUUACAAAGAUAUUUGUACAAGGAAACGAAGUGAGCCAAAAGCUGAAAGAAUAA